AUGUCUAAACAAUAUCUUUCCUAUGGCUCUGCCGAUAAUACGCACCCUACUGAUAUAUUCUCGCUGGCCGUGACUGGCAAGCAAAUAUUAUCGGCAUCGGGCUCAAAUAGCCUCCAAGUCCAUUCAACGACUGAUCCCGACUUUCCUCUUACCCAAACCCUUGAAGCCCACAAGGUCGGAUGUCACCAUGUUGUGACUGACGAAAGAGGAUCAAGAGCAGUCAGUGUUGGCUUUGGCGGGGAGGCGCUGAUCUGGACAUGUCAAGACGGGUCAUGGUCCAAGAUGAAAGACGUAACUCUUACUGAUGUCUGGGCGGUUGCACUAUCUGCCGAUGGCCAGUAUCUUGCAGGAACCACGCAGAAUGGCCAUAUCAAGGUAUGGGAUCUAGGUGCGAACGAAGAGGAGAUCCGAGAUCAUGAAACCAAAGGUAGUUUUGGAACCUGCAUAGAUCUGUCACCCGAUGGCCGACUCAUCGCUAGUGGGCACGAAAAUGGCAGCGUCUAUAUCUUUAGCACAGAGACGGGGCGGAUGCCAUUUAGUCUAUCAGGUCUCGUCAAACCAGUACGAACCGUUACCUUUUCUCCCGGUGGGAAAUUUCUUGCCGCGGCUGGAAACUCCAGGGUGAUUGUGCUGUAUGAUACCUCUUCUGGUGAGCAAGUCGCCAGUCUUGCGGGCCACUCCGCUUGGAUUCUAUCGCUAUCCUGGAGUAGCACGGGUGAAUAUCUUCUCAGCGGGUCUUUCGAUGGUAAAGUCAAAGUUUGGUCGAUCGAUACUAGGAGUUGCGUUGCAACCCACUCCGAAACAGAGAAAGCGAUAUGGAGUGUCAAGUGGCUGCCAAAGGUGGGAAAGUCGGAGGGCUUUGCGACAGCUGGUUCAAGCAGAAGCAUAUCAUUCUACCGGGAAGCUACUGGGGGUUGA